CUUUUUCCUAUGAUGUCUUAGACAACAGCAUAGUGAUUAUUUCAGAUGACAAGUGUCUUGAAACAUCGGCGCAAGGCUUAAGAACAACAGAACGAUCUGACUCCGACCAAAGGCCUACCGCUUUAGUACAUCUGUGGCCUAAACCAAUUCCUCAAAUUGCGGAACAAUUUAGACCUCUUACAAUGAACUCAGACUCUUCACAGACUCCUCCAGCUGCCUGCUCACAGCAUUUGGGAAAUGUGCAGGCAAGCACGUCUACCACUUUAAGUGAAGGGCCAUCCAUCUUUGUGGACCAACAAAUUGGAGCAAUGCUGGAGAAACAUCUAACAGAAGAAGUACCUAAAGAAAACCCCCUAGGCAGUCUUGUGAACUUUUGCAGAUCCUUCUUCAUCAACAGACGCAAGAUGGGGUCAUCCCCAGGUGGCAUCAUUCCUGAUAGCUCAGCCAGACAGUCCUGUUUACCAGGGCUAGACGUUACGGAUCCUGGUAUUCCUGAUGCAGACCUGGGAAUGUGUAACGAGGGAGAGACUCUUCCAGCUGAUGCACACUUAGAGCCCUACCUGGGAGGCUCAGCAGACACAGAGGAAACUAUGACGAGUCUCUUCUCUUGGGUGAGUCAAGUCAAAGUACAAAAGCAGCUGUUUCACUGCCUCCGGUGUGGGAAGAGGUUUAAGCAACAAAGAACUCUCAAACGACACAAGUGCAUUCCCACAGGAGAGAAGCCAUAUUACUGCUCACUGUGUGGGACAAGUUUUAAGCAACAAAGUGCUCUCAAACGACACCAGCUUAUUCACACAGGAGAGAAGCCAUAUCACUGCUCACAGUGUGGGAAGAGUUUUAAGCAACAAAGUGCUCUCAAACAACAUCAGGUCAUUCACACAGGAGAAAAGCCACAUCACUGCUCAGAAUGCGGGAAGAGUUUUGCCCAGCUGGGUUCUUUAACAGUACAUCAGCGGUAUCACACAGGAGAGAAGCCUCAUCACUGCUCAAAGUGCGGGAAGAGUUUUGCCCAGCUGGGUUCUUUAACAGUACAUCAGCGGUAUCACACAGGAGUGAUGCCUUAUCACUGCUCAGAAUGCGGGAAGAGUUUUGCAAGUGUGGGUAAUUUACAAAGACACCAGCAUGUUCACACAGGACAAAAGCCAUAUUACUGUUCACAGUGUGGGAAGUCUUUUACCCAGUCAAGUGCUGUCAAAACACACCAGCGCAUUCACACGGGAGAAGCGUGGACAAGAUGCCUGAGAAAGACAAAUGCACAUCAGCUUCUGUAGUAUGAAUUUCCUCUGGAUCCACUGUGACAUU